AAUUUGUAAGUCGAUGCACAUCCACCACCAUGGCGGCCCUACGCAGCAGACAGCUUUUGGUGUCACUGCGUAAAAUAAUUUCAGAUACCCAGACAGUCCAAUCAAAGAGGCAUCUCAACACGUUUCGAUCAGAAUCGAAGGACAAGUUAUUUCAAUGGCUGACAUUUGUAGUUGUACCUAAGUAUCUUAGAUUUGGGCACCUCAGGAAGCUUGGAGGAGUCGCGGCGACGGUUGGCGUUGGUUGUGGUGUUUAUGGAAGCAUAGCGUUAUGCAUGACUGCCACUGAAAUGAAUGAAAGACUUCUUGCAGCUGCAAGACUUGGGGUUCACAAAGAAGUUGCCAGGUUGAUAGAACAAGGUGCUGAUGUGAACUGUCGACACGAACUUGGGUGGACAGCACUUCAUGUUGCAGCAAUGAAUAGCCACCCACAGGUUGUGAAAAUUCUUUUAGAGGCAGGCGCAGAUCCAAAUCUUGGAGAUGAUUACACUAGUCCUGGGCUGAUGGCUAAAGAGAAGCAUCUCCAUUCUUUGCAAGUCUUAAUCUCUCGAGAGGAAGAGUUUUCUUCACGGCUUAGCAACAAGGCUAAUUUCCACGACUGUACACCUUUGCAUUAUGCAGUUUUGGCUGAUGACCUGGAAAGUGUCAGGAUUCUUCUGGAAUAUGGAGCAGAUCCAACCAAAGAAAAUGUUCUUGGGCAUAAACCUAUAGACUACUGCAGACAGUUAACUAUGAAAGAAAUGCUUGACUUGUUUUCUAAAAAGAUCAUAGAGAAAAAAGAGAGAGAAGAGGCUGAAGAAAGGAGGAGAUUUCCAUUGGAAUUGAGGCUGAAAGAAGCCAUCAUUGGACAGGAGACAGCUAUCAGAACAGUUGCAGCAGCUCUGCGUCGCAAACAAAAUGGAUGGUAUGAUGAAGAGCACCCUUUAGUAUCUUUUUUGGGAUCAUCGGGCAUUGGUAAAACUGAGCUUGCUAAACAAGUUUCCAAAUAUCUCCACAAAGACCUGAAGAAGGGUUUUAUUAGAGUUGACAUGUCGGAAUACCAAGAGAAGCAUGAGGUGGCAAAAUUCAUUGGGUCACCACCAGGCUAUGUGGGACAUGAAGAGGGAGGUCAGCUGACACAGCGUCUGACUGACCCUAAAUCUGUGGUUCUCUUUGAUGAGGUAGAGAAAGCCCACCCCGAUGUUCUGACAGCAAUGCUCCAACUUUUUGAUGAGGGACGUCUGACUGAUGGGAAGGGGAAAACAGUGGAGUGUAAAGAUGCUAUUUUCAUCAUGACUUCCAACUUGGCCAGCGAUGAAAUUGCUGAGUAUGGCAUGCAACUGAGGGAGGAGGCAGCCCACUUGUCCAAACUGGGUCAUAAAGAAGGCGGUGCAGAAGAAGAGAUCACUGUGUCAAGGCGAUUCAAGGACUUGGUGGUGAGACCUAUUCUGAAGAAACAUUUUCGACGUGAUGAGUUUCUGGGACGUAUCAAUGAAAUUGUCUACUUUCUCCCUUUCUCUCAAGCUGAACUGAGCAAACUGGUCAUUAAAGAGCUUCACUUCUGGGCUGAGAAGGCUCAGAAGCUACAUAAAGUGAAGCUGCUGUGGGACCACAGGGUGGUGGAUGUGCUGGCAGAGGGAUAUGAUGUUUACUAUGGGGCAAGGUCCAUCAAGUAUGAGGUGGAACGCAGAGUGGUUACCCAGCUGGCUAUGGCCCAUGAACGACAGCUAAUCAAUCAAGGGAGUGUGGUCCGGGUCACCGUCACUAACCCAGAAUUCUUGGUUUCAGAACCAGACAACUUGGACACCAAAGAUGCUGAUGUUGGAGAUGUCCCACAGCGGAUAAAACUGCAGAUUCUGGAAGAAGGAUCCAAAGAAUCUUUCAAAGACAUCACAUUUGAUGCUGGAGACCAGCCCUUCGCUUGUGCAUACAAGUGACUUAUUGAAAAUGAGCUUAUCUUUAUCAUAUCAGCUGUGCCAGAUGUAAAAGCAUAAUUAAAUCUACACAGGUCUGAUCAGUUCAGACUGACAUGGUUUUCAGGGGCCUGUGCAAUGUACAUAUUCUUUGAGUGGGUAUUGAGGAGUAUAUGAGGAGUAUUAAGAAUGAUGUUAACGAUUACAAAACCAGAUUUCAUGAUUAAGAUGGACAGUUGUUUUCAGAAUAUGGGAUAUUUUAGCACACACAACUGCAACACAGCAAAUGAUGGAGAGAAGAUAGAUUGAUAAGUUUUAUUUCUUGACCAUAUUAUCAAACUUUAGGUGUAUAAACUAUUGUUACACUUCAAGCUUGCAUGCUACUACAAAUCUUACAGAAAUAUUAAUCAUUCAAAACUUUUUAUUGUCAACUUUCAGCCCAGGUUUUUAUGGUUCAUGUGUUAUGAAUAGAAUGGCUUGUUGGUUGACCGUUUUGUGUAUUGCAAUAAAACAUCAUCUAUAUUUGAACUGAAACAUGGGAUGUAGAUAAAUAUUUCAUACACCAAUGGUGUUAUCUUGAGCCUUCAGUGACUAAUGCAAUCUUUAGAGAGAAGGGAGUGGGGUGUGACAAGGGAGACAACUUUGAAUUCCACCACAUUACCAUAUAUUUUACUGUCACUUGAAGCAAAGUAAAAUUCUUUUCUAACAAUGCUAUCACUGGCAAAUGUAUAUUGAGAAACUUGGCUUCUGAAAUCGACAACCUGAUGUUUUCUAUCUGAGAAAGUAAGCUGUAUCGUUUUCAAAAUGCAGGCUAUUGCACAACAUUCUCAACCAUUGUAAUACUAUUUUUUUUCUUAUUUGAAAUCAUCAAUCUAUUAAAAAGUCUGCUGUUACUCU